AUGGCAGAACGGGCCAACCUGGUCUUUCAUAAUAAAGAGAUAGACGGAACUGCUAUGAAACGGCUUAUUAGCAGAUUAAUAGAUCAUUUCGGAAUGGGAUAUACAUCCCAUAUACUGGAUCAAAUAAAGACUCUGGGCUUCCAUCAAGCCACUACUACAUCGAUUUCUUUAGGAAUCGAGGAUCUUUUAACAAUACCCUCUAAAGGAUGGUUAGUCCAAGACGCGGAACAACAGAGUUUUCUUUUGGAGAAACACUAUUAUUAUGGAGCUAUACACGCGGUAGAAAAAUUACGCCAAUCCGUUGAGAUAUGGUAUGCUACAAGUGAAUAUUUGAAACAAGAAAUGAAUUCGAAUUUUCGAAUAACGGAUCCUUCUAAUCCAGUCUAUCUAAUGUCUUUUUCAGGAGCCAGAGGAAAUGCAUCUCAGGUACACCAAUUAGUAGGUAUGAGAGGGUUAAUGGCGGAUCCUCAAGGACAAAUGAUUCAUUUACCUAUUCAAAGCAAUUUACGCGAGGGACUUUCUUUGACAGAAUAUAUAAUUUCCUGCUACGGAGCCCGAAAAGGGGUUGUAGAUACUGCUGUACGAACAGCGGAUGCUGGCUAUCUUACACGUAGACUUGUUGAAGUAGUUCAACAUAUUAUUGUGCGUAGAAGAGAUUGUGGUACUAUCCAAGGUAUUUCUGUGAGUCCUCAAAAUGGGAUGACGGAAAAACUUUUUGUCCAAACACUAAUUGGUCGUGUAUUAGCAGACGAUAUAUAUAUUGGUUCACGAUGCAUUGCUUCUCGAAAUCAAGAUAUUGGAAUUGGAUUAGUCAAUCGAUUCAUAACUGCCUUUCGAGCACAACCGUUUCGAGCACAACCAAUAUAUAUUAGAACCCCCUUUACUUGCCGGAGCACAUCUUGGAUCUGUCAAUUAUGUUAUGGGCGGAGUCCCACUCAUGGGGAUCUGGUCGAAUUGGGGGAAGCUGUAGGUAUUAUUGCGGGUCAAUCAAUUGGGGAGCCGGGGACUCAAUUAACAUUAAGAACUUUUCAUACUGGUGGAGUAUUCACAGGGGGUACUGCCGACCUUAUACGAUCCCCCUCGAAUGGAAAAAUCCAAUUCAAUGAGGAUUUGGUUCACCCCACACGUACCCGUCAUGGGCAGCCUGCUUUUCUAUGCUAUAUAGACUUGCAUGUAACUAUUCAGAGUCAGGAUAUUCUACAUAGUGUGAAUAUUCCGUUAAAAAGCUUGAUUCUAGUGCAAAAUGAUCAAUAUGUAGAAUCUGAACAAGUAAUUGCGGAGAUUCGUGCCGGAACGUCCACUUUGCAUUUUAAAGAAAAGGUACAAAAGCAUAUUUAUUCCGAAUCAGACGGGGAAAUGCACUGGAGUACUGAUGUUUACCAUGCGCCCGAAUAUCAAUAUGGUAAUCUUCGUCGAUUACCAAAAACAAGCCAUUUAUGGAUAUUGUCAGUAAGUAUGUGCAGAUCCAGUAUAGCAUCUUUUUCGCUGCACAAGGAUCAAGAUCAAAUGAAUACUUAUUCUUUUUCUGUUGAUGGAAGAUAUAUCUUUGACUUCUCAAUGGCUAAUGAUCAAGUAAGCCAUAGACUGUUGGAUACUUUUGGUAAAAAAGAUAGAGAAAUUCUUGAUUAUUUAACGCCAGAUCGAAUCGUGUUCAACGGUCAUUGGAAUUGUUUCUAUCCUUCCAUUCUUCAAGAUAAUUCAGAUUUGUUGGCGAAAAAGCGAAGAAAUAGGCUCGUCGUUCCAUUACAAUAUCAUCAAGAACAAGAAAAAGAGCGAAUAUCCUGUUUGGGUAUUUCAAUGGAAAUACCCUUUAUGGGUGUUUUACGUAGAAAUACUAUUUUUGCUUAUUUUGACGAUCCACGAUACAGAAAAGAUAAAAGGGGUUCAGGAAUUGUUAAAUUUAGAUAUAGGACCCUGGAGGAAGAAUAUCGGACCCAAGAGGAAGAGUAUAGGACUCGAGAGGAAGAAUAUCGGACUCGAGAGGAAGACUCAGAAGACGAAUAUGAGAGCCCAGAGAACAAAUAUAGGACCCGAGAGGGAGAGGGCGAAUAUAAAAUCCUAGAAGACGAAUAUAGGACUCUAGAGGACGAAUAUGAAACCCUAGAAGAUGAAUAUGGGAUCCUAGAGGACGAAUAUAGGACUCUAGAGAAAGACUCAGAGGAAGAAUAUGGGAGCCUAGAGAACAAAUAUAGGACUCGAGAGGGAGAGGGCGAAUAUGAAAUCCUAGAGGAAGAAUCAGAAGAAGAAUAUGGGAGCUCUGAAGAUGGCUCAGAGAAGGAAUAUGGGACUUUAGAAGAAGACUCAGAAGAAGACUCAGAGGAAGACUCAGAAGACGAAUAUGGGAGCCCGGAGGAAGAUUCUAUCUUAAAAAAAGAGGGUUUUAUUGAGCAUCGAGGAACAAAAGAAUUUAGUCUAAAAUACCAAAAAGAAGUAGAUCGGUUUUUUUUCAUUCUUCAAGAACUGCAUAUCUUGCCGAGAUCCUCAUCCCUAAAGGUACUUGACAAUAGUAUUAUUGGAGUCGAUACACAACUCACAAAAAAUACAAGAAGUCGACUAGGUGGAUUGGUCCGAGUGAAGAGAAAAAAAAGCCAUACAGAACUCAAAAUCUUUUCCGGAGAUAUUCAUUUUCCUGAAGAGGCGGAUAAGAUAUUAGGUGGCAGUUUGAUACCACCAGAAAGAGAAAAAAAAGAUUCUAAGGAAUCAAAAAAAAGGAAAAAUUGGGUUUAUGUUCAACGGAAAAAAUUUCUCAAAAGCAAGGAAAAGUAUUUUGUUUCGGUUCGACCUGCAGUCGCAUAUGAAAUGGACGAAGGGAUAAAUUUAGCAACACUUUUCCCGCAGGAUCUCCUGCAAGAAGAGGAUAAUCUCCAACUUCGACUUGUCAAUUUUAUUUCUCAUGAAAAUAGCAAGUUAACUCAAAGAAUUUAUCACACGAAUAGUCAAUUCGUUCGAACUUGCUUAGUAGUGAAUUGGGAACAAGAAGAAAAAGAGGGAGCUCGUGCUUCUCUUGUUGAGGUAAAAACAAAUGAUCUAAUUCGCGAUUUCCUAAGAAUUGAGUUAGUCAAGUCUACUAUUUUGUAUACACGAAGAAGGUAUGAUAGGACAAGUGUAGGAUUGAUUCCCAAUAAUAGGUUAGAUCGCAACAAUACCAAUUCCUUUUAUUCCAAGGCGAAGAUUCAAUCACUUAGCCAACAUCAAGAAGUUAUUGGCACCUUGUUGAAUCGAAAUAAAGAAUAUCCAUCUUUGAUGAUUUUGUUGGCAUCCAACUGUUCUCGAAUUGGUUUAUUCAAGAAUUCUAAAUAUCCCAAUGCGGUAAAAGAAUCGAAUCCUAGAAUUCCUAUUCGAGAUAUUUUUGGGCUCUUAGGCGUUAUUGUACCUAGUAUAUCGAAUUUUUCUUCAUCUUACUAUUUAUUAACGCAUAAUCAGAUCUUGUUAAAAAAAUACUUGUUCCUUGACAAUUUGAAACAAACCUUACAAGUACUUCAAGGACUUAAAUACUCUUUAAUAGACGAAAAUAAAAGGAUUUCGAAUUUUGACAGUAACAUCAUGUUGGAGCCAUUCCAUUUGAAUUGGCACUUUCUCCAUCAUGACUCAUGGGAAGAGACAUUGGCAAUAAUUCACCUUGGACAAUUUAUUUGUGAAAAUUUAUGUCUAUUUAAAUUACACAUAAAAAAAUCUGGUCAAAUUUUCAUUGUUAAUAUGGACUCCUUUGUUCUAAGAGCAGCUAAGCCUUAUUUGGCCACUAUAGGAGCAACUGUUCAUGGUCAUUAUGGAAAAAUCCUUUACAAAGGAGAUAGGUUAGUUACGUUUAUAUAUGAAAAAUCGAGAUCCAGUGAUAUAACGCAAGGUCUUCCAAAAGUAGAACAAAUCUUCGAAGCGCGUUCAAUUGAUUCACUAUCGCCGAAUCUCGAAAGGAGAAUUGAGGAUUGGAAUGAACGUAUACCAAGAAUUCUUGGGGUUCCCUGGGGAUUCUUGAUUGGAGCUGAGCUAACCAUAGCCCAAAGUCGUAUCUCUUUGGUUAAUAAGAUCCAAAAGGUUUAUCGAUCCCAAGGGGUACAGAUCCAUAAUAGACAUAUAGAGAUUAUUAUACGCCAAGUAACAUCAAAAGUAAGGGUUUCCGAAGAUGGAAUGUCUAAUGUUUUUUUACCUGGGGAAUUAAUAGGACUAUUGCGAGCGGAACGAGCAGGGCGGGCUUUAGAUGAAUCGAUCUAUUAUCGGGCAAUCUUAUUGGGAAUAACAAGGGCUUCCCUGAAUACCCAAAGUUUCAUAUCUGAAGCAAGUUUUCAAGAAACUGCUCGAGUUUUAGCAAAAGCUGCCCUACGAGGUCGUAUUGAUUGGUUGAAAGGUCUGAAAGAAAACGUAGUUCUGGGGGGGAUUAUACCUGUUGGUACCGGAUUCCAAAAAUUUGUGCAUCGUUCCCCACAAGACAAGAACCUUUAUUUAGAAAUUCAAAAAAAAAAUCUAUUCGCGUCGGAAAUGAGAGAUAUUUUGUUUCUCCAUACAGAAUUAGUUUCUUCUGAUUCUGACGUAACAAACAAUUUCUAUGAAACAUCAGAGACCCCGUUUACCCCUAUUUAUACGAUUUAA